AUGCAUCCAAAGUUCCACGCUAGCUCCUCCUUCGUCACGUCUAUCUUUUUGCAGUAUCUCGCGAAUGCCGUCCGCGCUUGCUGGGGUGUUAUUGCGUUCGGAUCCGCCCUGGUCCCCGCCCUGUAUCCCAUCUCCUUGCGGUGGCUCCUGUAUGAGUCCCCAUAUGACCAUCUCGCGAAGCUGCCAUCUGUCUGCUCUGCUGUGCUUCUCGCUCGUGCGUCCUUGCAACUUGUGCUGGCCUCCUUUCACCUCCUGCUCUCCUAUGCCACGUGGCUGUGUGUGUUUGGGUUUCUAUGUUUGCGAUUUGGAUUUUGGAUUUUCUACUGCACUUUGUUUAUUUAUUUAUAG